GUAAAUAAUAAAUUAGAAAGAAUAUUGGGGUUGUAUUUGAAGGGAAAGACAGUUGCUAUAGAACCUCUACGAAGUGCGGAUCGGUCUACGUAAAUAAUUCUAUAAAUUUCAAUCGUUCUUAUCGAUGUCUAUCAAUUUUCAAAAUACCAAUCGGUUGAACGCCUUAGUCAAUUUGCUUUCGGGCAAUGUUUUACCCGUAACUUCAGAUGGAUCUGAAUUAUCCUUGCUAUCCAAGUUAUACGCCAUUUCGACUUGGAUAAUAAUAUUAAUAUAUACAAGUGGUUGUGUCAUUGCAAUAUUUCGUGUGUCCAAGGAAUAUGCCUUGAGAGAGUGUACAGUGAAUUUAAUAAUCGUCGUUGAGGUUUUUUUCAAUAUCUUUCAUAUGUACCACCAAAGGGAUCUUUUGAAACGAUUGAUCGACAAUUACAAUCUUCUAUUUUCUAUGGGUAACGAUUUAUUAAAAACCACAGUUGUAACUUAUAUUGGACCCGUAGAAAAAAUGUUGAAAUUUUAUGCGAUCACUGAAGUCUGUACGGUUGUAUUUUGGGUCUCAGCGUCACUGGUGACGGUCUUUCAAAAAGAAGAAUUCGUACACGAGGAUUACGCUUUGCCGAUUAGUUUCUCCGAGGAACCAAUCUCUCGUAACGUUUAUAUCGUAAAUGUCGUCGUUGAGAUAUUCGGAUCUGGUUAUUUGAUUUUCAAAAAGGUCAGUGCUGAUAUAUAUACUUUGCAUUUGAUACUAUCGUUAACGUCGCAAUACAAGUAUAUGAAAAUGAAAUUCGGGAUGAUAUUUCGAAGAAAAGAUAAUUCCUCAAAAUCGAGAUAUCAAAGUGAUCGUGUCAUCGAGAAAGAACUCGAUUCUUUAUUUCGUCAUCAUUCCGUCGUUGUUCGGAGCACGAUCAUGCUGAAGGAAAUACUUUCGUUCAACGUCUGUGUCGUUCAUUUGGAUAGCGUCUUUCGAUUUUGCUUUUUAAGCUUCAUGCUUGCCAUGGUAUCGUUUGUGAACAUGACAGUGAACAUCAAAGGAUGUAUAAUAAUAUCGUAUACCGUUGCCGCUAUUUUACAAUUGUAUAUGAUUUGUUUCUACGUACAAGAACUUCUCGAAAUGGGUUCGAUAUUGGCGGACGAUGCUUUUCACGAGGAAUGGUAUUCCUGCGAAUUAUUGGUGAGAAAAAAUUUCAGAAUAAUGAUACAUGCGAAUAAGUUGAAGUGUCAGCUAGCUCCAUGUCAAAGCGUCGACUUGUCCUUACCAUCCUUUAUGCAGAUUAUCAAUCAAGCCUACUCCGCGUGUCUGCUCUUUUUGAAGAUGAAAUAAAACCGGUUUGAAGGUGGAAGGAAGGUGGGUCCCACCCCCACCCCCCCACCCCGCGCAAAAAAUAUCUCUCUCUUUACGAGAAUUUCAUUUUGAUGAGGUGCACGCGUUACUUCACCGAAACCGAUUGUAAAAGGGAUCAAUAAGAACUUGAUUGUAUCGACGAUUCUAUCUUUUCCCUCAUAGUAGUUACGAAUUAGUUUAAAUCUUACGAAUCGAUUUCUGUAAAAAUAAGUUACGAAUGUUUGAUAAUCACCUUUCGUCUUGAAAGGUCUCGAUGGUUGAGAGUAACCCUUCGAGCCGUUCCCAUUGAUGGCUGCAACACGAAAUUGAUACCAAUGGCCUGUCUUCAAUCGACCACGAAGAGUCGCGUGAGGUUUCGUAGAAACGUGUCGAACGGUCCAUGAACUUAAUCUGGAUUCUAAAUAACGUGGACCGAUAAGAUGACGUUCCUCCACUAAAUAUCUGACAUCCCCAUUACCGGAUACAUUUGAAUAAACAUGCCCAAUGUUUCGCCAAUUCAAAUGGAUUAGAUUACUUUUUUGUUGUCUUAUUUGUAGAUUUUGCGGGAUCGGUGGUAAAUCUGGAAUUUUAGAAAAGUUUUGUUAGAUAAUUCAAACGCUUCAGUGUUGAAAUUCAUUAUGAAAAAUAUAUUGAUAUCGUUGGUUUACCAGUUCUGUUGUCUAAACCGAUAGGAUGCAUACACGUGACUCCGCAAUCGUGCGAACAACAUUUUGCCAAGUCUGGACAACGUGAAUCGCUAUCGCAAGCGAUCAAACAAACGGCUUCGAAGGGUGACAUGAAAGCAGUGUCAGGACAAUAACCAGGUUUCGAGUAAUUCGAUGCUAGACAAUUUUCUAUACACUGAAACAAUGUAGAAAUAUUUCUCUUCUCUUCUAACUAUUGAGGAUUUUUUUUCUUUUUUCUUCUUCUUUUUCUUUCAUACACUUUUAUGUUAUUACUUCAAGAUAUACCGCUUGAAAGUUAAACGAUGUUUUCUCAGUUAAAAAAAGAAGAAAAAGAAAAAAUCGCAGUUAACGUAUCAUGGUAGAUCGCUCGUACGUUUUCGUUGUCCCCGUGUGAAAUUGUCCCCGAUUUCGAAGCACCAAACGAGAACUCUCCGAUCAUCGUAACGUAUAUAAUUAUCUUAGGUAUAAAUUAUUUUUGUAAAGCGAUCCGAUUGAAAAGGAUUUCUUCGUUAUCUUACCACAAAAUUACUUUUCGAAUGAAGGAAAGAGGGAGAGAAAGAGAGAGAGAGAGAGAGAGAAGAGAGAGCUAAAGAUUCGACUUAUUCGCUCGAUCCGAUCAUCAUCUUCCAUUUCUUCAGUUUCGAAUUGGAUAUAAUCAACGAAACGUUAAUUACCAUUAAUAUCAUUUUCAUAAAGUAGACUUCAAAAAAAAACUUCGUUUUGAAAACA